AUUUAGUCUCGUUUGUAGGCUAAUUGAUCAUGUGAAUGGUGAGGUUUGCCUGUUGGUGUAUUGGCGUGACUGAAAUGUUUUUUGGUGUAGAAAUUCAUUGACUAUGUGUAUACUAUUGGUGAGCUGGACUUAAGCCGAAUGAAGUGGUCUUCUUGUGUUUGAAGUUGUGUGAAGUAAUCCUGAAAUGGCUGUGGAUUCUAUGAAUGGUCGCGUAUUCGUCUUUUAUUCCUUGCCAUAGUAAUCAGCACGUUGAAAUCAUUCAGAUUUGUCGAUGUCCGUUCAAAGACGUAACAGUUGUUUGUGCAAUGAACUGCGGUCUUUUAUCGACGACAGGUUAAUCUCAUCAUGACUACUCACUUUGGUGAACAUCUGCAACCCACUGUGCUUGACUUAUCUAGUUAAGUGGGGAUGAAUACGUCUACACAUCAGUUUCGGAGUGUUCAGUUCGAGUUAAGUGUUGUCACAACUGAGCAUCAUAUAACUGCUGUUCAUUUUACACUUUUUUGCAGUUUAUCCUGUUGAAUCUUCUGUGUGUAUUCUGUAAGAGGCAUGAGUGUAUAGUUACAUCCUGUUGAAUUGAGAGAUGAUGAGAUUAAAAUUCCUUCAAGUGUUUAUUUAUGUUUACGCUAGGAAAUAUUAGCAUCAAAUGUGAUCCAGAGCUGAUUUGGUAGUUGAGAGGAACAGCUAUUUGGUGGUGGUGUGUCAAUCGAUGAUGAAAAUUCCCAGCGAAUCAGUGCAUCCUCACAAAACCAAUCAAUUUCAAAAUGUGGUAGCCUGACAGGAGAAUUCCCUAUAACAGAGGAAUCAUUGAGAAACCUCAUAGGGGACAAUAACAUUGCUGCCUAUCGACACUGGUUUCAUAUCCUUGUAGACUUCGAUGGACAACUUCAUUCAUCCUAGUUUGUAUUUGUGACAGUUGUAGUACUGUGAUUUCUUUGGUAUGGCAGCCAUUUUGCAGCAGCCAUCUUCACAUUUAUCGACAUUGCUGAUGCAAACAGAUGGUUGAAGGUGGCUGAUUAGGGUAGCAAUAAGGCUAUUGCUUAGUGGUUAGACUUUGUGACUGACGUUUAUUUGUAUGUGACAGAUGACUUUGACGCUGAACAGCAUCUUGAACUAGUUGUAACGAACCAAGUUUUCUUUCGACAUCCAAAAUCAUCGUGUCCAUGUUUCUGGUUUUGGUUAGGAAAGCCAUCUGAACUAUUGGCCUGUUAACUGUGAUUGAGUUAACCCUGAAGACGAUUUACAUUUGAAUGAGUAAACCUGAUUGGAGCGAUAGUGUGCUUGAUGUACAAAGAGUUGUGUAUACUUCAUUGUCAUAGAGACCGUGUGAAGCGCUCAGUGAUAAUAGUGAAAUUCAGAGGUGAUCAACAUCUACAUCUUAUGGUUUCACAGUUAGGACAGCGAUCCAAUAAUCUGGAGGCUAUGUCUUCUAGUCCUACCACGGAACUAUCAAUCUUCCAUUUUGAUGAUCAUCUCUUGAAUCUAUUGAUGUGCACGUAAGCUUUCUUGAAACAUAAGGUCGUGAGGAGAAGGCCAUAAGCGAAGCUGUUCACUUGGAGUAUGCGAUAUGCUAAAUCAGAGUUGUCGUCAGUGACACAACUGCUUACAAUCUGUGUCUUUAUUGUUUAGAAUUUGGUUUCCUGAAUUAAUAGUGUCUCGAUUUUUUGUGCCAAUAUUUAUGCUUGAAGUGAUGCAUUGUAGGCAUCGUGAAACUCAAGCGAACGUACAUAUUAGGGUUUUAAACAAAUGUACUGCAGUGAGGUAGUGACAGACGACAUCAUCUGCUGUUGAAAGCAGUGUUGGCUUCUCUGCUUAUAAUUGGUGCUACUGAAUGUUCGAUUCUCUCACAUUGGCGUUUGUUUGUAUCGAGAUGAUAGAGUAAUGGAUUUCAUUACAUGUUGAAGAGUUUUUUUAUUCAUAAACUGCCAAUGGAGUGGAAACUUGGAGUUGUAGUAUUGUUAGUGAAUAGAAGGAGUACAAGUAGUAGUGACGUUUCCUUAGUAAAGGGAAGAAAUACGAUGAUAUUGUCAGCGCGUAAAUGCCAGCAAACCAUGUUUGUGUGACCUAUUCUGUAGUGAGAUAGAGAAAUGUGGUGAUAGGGUUUUUGACCUCAUUAUUUUGAUAUUUGUGCUUCCGAAUGAAUGAGAGGUGAAAUAGAGGGUUGUCGGGCUUUUCUGUGUAUCUGUGUCUGUGGGUGGAUAGAUGCAGGUGGUACUUGUGGAGUGCACGAGUAGCUGAUUGUGUGUAUGUGUUCAUGCAGUUGGUGAAGAGAUUUUGUUAUGUUUGAGAUGAGGACAGAACUUUUGAGACAUGCACAGUCCUCGGUGUAGAGAUGAUGGUGCUUAACCGAGUGACUUGGGAAUCCUCUGAAUAAAAUUUGAAUGGCUUGUAAAACUACUUGUCGUAGUCACUGAAGUUGGCGUGCACAGCUGUUGUUGUAUACUUCACUUUCGGUUUUCCUAGUUCUAGAGGUUUGUCAAAGUCUUCAGUUUACAUGUGCCAUGCUUGUAGGAUUGUGAAUUUCAGAAGGCGACUGACCAAUGUGGCAUGGAUCGAUGCGAUUUCGACGUAUAGUUUCCAAAAUUGUAUUUCUCUUACCUUUACUGUGUGUAUUGGACUGAAUACUUUCUGAAAAUUUGUGAGAUAGCCGAAAGUAGAUUUUCGUGAAUGAUCAACUUAGCGAAUGGUUUGCGAAUUGACGAAUUGCACAGUGGUUAUUUGCAUUACCGAUAGACAGAUGAGUAGUUUGUGAGCAUUUGGAAAUGCAAUUGAGUGUUAGAAAUGGGGAGAUGAAGCGUUCAGUGUUGAUGAGCCAGGCCUCCAACGAGAGGAGCGACCGUCUAGUGUCAGGGUCACUGUGAUCUUGUCAAUGAGAUUGGUUUCUAACUAUUCACGUUGUUCAGCAGUGCGUGGGAAUUUUCAAGUUUUUAUUCCCAGUAGCAACCAUAUGCCGCAUAUUUUGGCAUUUGGAGACCACCUCUAUUGUGACUGUUGAGUAGACUCUUGAUAUUUACUCCUUUUGACAAUUAGGUUCGUACGUGGUUGUCUUGAGAAGCCGAUGUGAUGGACUUUGUGAGAUUGGUCAGCUGAAUAGAAAGCAAUAAAAUGUAGAUGUCAGUGUCGACUUCACUACCAAAUUUUAUGCUAAUUGCAGUGCUCGGAGAGUAUAAUGAGCAGUGCAUAAUAGGGAAGACGGUGUCCUACGUGAUAGGGGUUGUUUCUACAGUUCUUCAAUUGAAUUACUGGAGGCAUGCACAUACGUGCUUGCAGCUUGUAAAGUGAAUGUGAUGAAAAAUUGUUGCUUGAUAGAAGAACGUUUUUCGACUGGGUGAGAAUGACAAGAUGAAUGAGGUUGCAAAUUUUUUUCAUACACUAGGUCCACCACCAAGCCCUAUCAAUGUGAAAGCUAUCGUCAAUCCAGAGAAGGCUUCAAUCAAGGAUCAGAUGAUCGAGCUGACUUGGGAACAACCGAGUGAUCAAGUCUCGGCUGCUGGACCAGUCACCAACUUCUACAUUGAACUGAAACCGACAGAUUCAACACGCUGGCAAGAUGUGUCGGCCGACUUCACCAUCACUGAGCCACACUUCUCACUUCCUACUGAUAAGCUGCAAGAGUUUGUGAGUUAUGAAUUUCGUGUGACAGCGGAGAAUAAGGCUGGUAAGAGCAAGCCAUCAACAGCAUCGAAUGCAGUUGAGUUGGGUAUACCGCUGGAAUUCAUUCGCCCACUGGAAGAUUUGACUGUGAGUGAACUGACAAGUGGACCAGUUUCACUUGAAUGUGAGCUCUCUCGAGCGCCUCGUGAGAAGAUGCAAUGGUUUAGAGAUGGCAAAACUCUGAGUCGACUACCGGACAGAAUUAAAGUCGAAGAGUUGGAGGAUGGAAAGAUUCAUCGCAUUGUCUUCCACCCAUUGACUGAUGAGGAUCUAGGUGUUUAUUCUGUCAAAGUGGAGAAUUUAACGAGUGAAGCAAGGCUUGAAAUGAAAAUAAAACCAACACUCAAACUGUCAGAGUCAUUCUCAGACAAAGUCAUCAUGAAAGCAGGAGAGGCAGCCGUCUUCGAGAUCCCAUUCAUCGCCAGUCCGAAACCGAAAGUCGAAUGGAAAUGGAGACCGAGAACACGUCCCGACGCCGAGCUGGGAUCAGCUCAGAGUCCACGGUUCAAGCCUGACGUGGUGUCUGGACUGACGUCACUACCAGUGAGCAAGGUGAAACGUGAGGAUGCUGGGGAGUACAGUUUGUUGAUCAGUAAUGAGUUGGGUGAGGUGUCGGUGAGUAUUGAGUUGAUAGUUUUGGACAAACCGUCAGUUCCGCGUAAUUUGGCGGUGAGUGAGAACACUGGUGAGAGUGUGUUGUUCAGUUGGAGUGAGCCUGAAUUCCUUGGUCUUCCACCGGGUGUUGAUGUGAGUCAGAGCCUGAUGUAUGUGAUUGAGAUGCGUGAGUCGAGUCAGCGUUCGAGCAGGUCGGUGACGACGACUAGUGAAUUGAGCUGUUGUGUGGACAAACUGCAGGUGAACAAGUCAUAUGUGUUCAGUGUUGCAGCGAAGAAUGAAGUUGGUCAAUCCGAUUUUGUGGAGACGAGUCCAGUUUCAACGAAGUUGGAAUAUGGUAAGCUGGAUUUGAAAUUGUGUAGGCAUGAUUAUAUUAUCUUUUGAGCGCACUGGAUGUAGACAUCCCGUACUAGUUCGUUGGAGAUUGUAGUGACAUUAUUGGGAGAGUGAUCUAUAGUUGGUAUCAGGGUUUAGGUUUCAUGGAUUAUAUUUAGUCUCGUUUGUAGGCUAAUUGAUCAUGUGAAUGGUGAGGUUUGCCUGUUGGUGUAUUGGCGUGACUGAAAUGUUUUUUGGUGUAGAAAUUCAUUGACUAUGUGUAUACUAUUGGUGAGCUGGACUUAAGCCGAAUGAAGUGGUCUUCUUGUGUUUGAAGUUGUGUGAAGUAAUCCUGAAAUGGCUGUGGAUUCUAUGAAUGGUCGCGUAUUCGUCUUUUAUUCCUUGCCAUGGUGACGAGUAGUUUGAAGGUUUUGAUUUUGUUGGUACUUUCUUUAUUUAUUUCUUCUCUUCACGGUGUUGAAAUUUCUGGCUUUUACGUUUUCGUACGCUGCGAAUUUUUUCAUUGUUGGAUUUAGGGUGAGAAUGGAAUUUUUCUGGAAAUCCAUUUAAUGAGUAUGUGGCCAAUUAAUAUUUGUGCAAUGUGGCAUCUUGCUUACAUUCGAACCGUUCGACUAGGUUAAAAUUGACGAAUCGGAAAUUUUUAAAAUAUAGUUUUACUGAAGGAUUCGAUUGGUUUGAAAUUACUCUUUUUCUUUUGAAUAUUCCUCCGGUAAAAAUGAGAGUGAUCUAAUCCCUAGAGAGACGUUUUGUUUGUUUGGGGCAAGUUCUUCAGUGGGGUACUUGGACAAAUUCAACUCAUGGAGGCGAAUGAAUACCGACUAGGUGGAUUCGGCUAGUUCGUUUGCGUCGACGUCUCUCCUGAAACAGUACAAUAAAUUUGCAAUUUGUAACAAAUUGCACUGCGCAUAUUAACAUUUCUAAAAACCGAAUAUCUUUUAACUAUCCAGCUCUGUCGUCUACAUAGUGUCUAUCGGAAACGAGACAAUCAAGAUAACAAGGUGUGGUCUCUGGCUCAAAAUUGUCAUGAACCAGCGACAUAUAUUACUACUGUUUAGACCUCUUUGGUGUGGCUGACAAAAUCAGUUGGAGUGGUUUGUAACUGAUCCUGCUGUUCGGUAAUAGUUUACUUGGUAUUUUAUGACACUUUUUUGUCACACUUUGGGAUCUUAACCGGAUGAUUUCCAACAAAAACCUGUUGACUCCACAGCUGGCUAGUUAGAAAACUGUGUGGUGUAUGAAAUGUCAAAAUGGAUGGUGCGAUUUGUAAGUCAUUUGUAAAUUGAUCAUCCUGUCGAAGAAGUAUUGAACUAUGCAAGUGAAUCUUGAAAGUCGUGUGAUUAUCUUAUGAGGUAUUCGGAGAUAAAGUGUUAUUUGCUCGGAACAUAAUCCAGUAAAUAAUUCUAUAUUGCUAUGUGUUAUGUUGAAGCAGGCAAUCUAAUAUAGCAUUAUAUUGUACCAAUUUUCACUUUUGCCUGGAUCAUCUCUGUCUUGUCAGUAAGACUAUUUGACUAUCAAUCAUGACUGGGCAGCCAGUGUGAGUACGACUAAGCGGUAGUAACGCGUCACGAAUUCACAGAGUAGUUGGUAAAAAAAACCCUAUUGAUUGACGUAAAGUAGAAAUCUAGUCAGAAGUCGGCCCUCCCAGCUCAGGUGGUAAAGCAUCGGCAGGAAACCCGGUGGUCUCUGUUUCGAGUCCCAACGCGGUUAAUUUCACUUUCAAUCAUCACCCAUUAUCAAUACAAGUCUUCAAACCACUGCUAUCUCAGAUAGUCAAAAUGAUAAUUUAGGUUUUCUGUUGACAUGCUUGGUAUUUUUAUGGAGUAGCCCUCGUGUUGUAAUUUCGAAAAGUCUCACUUUUGAGAGAUUUCUGUUUUGGUGGAUGCUUAUUUACUUGCUGCGUCUUAUGCUUUUGUGUACUUACAAACUUGAUUUUCACCAAGCUUGGCAGAUGACGUUUGCAUUUUUGAAGUAGAUGCAAUAGUAUCGUAACUUGAGAAUAACUCGUCUGUUUUCAGAAUCGAUUCCACCAUGUAUUAACAUUAGAGUGUUAGUGCACUUGUUGAUUAGUAAGUUUUUGUGUUUUUUUAAACUGUUUUGCUGUUAUUUUAUUUUGAGGAAAUAACAGCGAGUUACUGUGACGUCGAGUAGACGAUAUUUUUGUACGGAAAUAACUCCCAUCUCAUGCUUCAGUCAACUACUUCCGUUUUCUCAUCAUACCUUCUGUAGAUAUACUUGUAUCCACUUUCAAAUUUAACUUCACAUAGUUAAAUGGUGUUAUUAAUGUAUUAAAGAAAAGAUAUUUUCUAUAUGGAAUGACGAUGGUAUUUUUCUUGAAAAAUCGAUUGAUGUUCACCUACUUAUGCUUCGUGUUACGUCACAUCACAUAGCUGACCGAUGUUCAGAGUGUUCUGGAAUAAUUUCAGCACCGUGUGAGUUUCAUUCUAUGAAUAUGUGAGCUAUAAUCCCUGCGUGUUUGGAAGAUCAAUACAAGAUUUUUUGAACCUUUUGCCACAUAAAUCAUAUCUUCCCUAACAAAAUUACUGAGUUCUUACGAAAAGUUAAAAUCUCAAGUUAACUCGUACAGAAAAGGAACUUGUUUACAAGUCAUACAGAUACAGCUAUUGUAUCCAGUGUUUUCAUACUUCUCUACAAAGAUGGUAAAAAUGUCUGAGUAUACAUAUUCAUGUGUGUAUUUUGUUUGUUGUAUUAACAUGCCAUGUGAUGUAUUGUAAAUAUGUACUAAAACUUGUUUAUUCUCUAGUUUGUGCAAAAUAAGUUGUUAGAACAUGUAGGAUUUAUAAGGUCAAUCUUUCCUUGUGUUAAUUAAAAACCUUGUCAAAGUCGACUGUACGUCACGUUGUAAAUUUAAUUCACCCUGAUUUUUAGUGACCCACAAUAAGGACAAAAUUAGAGUUUUGUUUGCCUCCGUAUUUGCAUAAUAAGCGUUAGUGGGUGAUGAGAACGAUUGUUAGAGUUUAAAGAAAGCCAGGUAGGGUUUCAGUGAGACUAAUGCGUUACCAACUAGCCUCUCUUCCGACUAACCAACAAGAUCAAACUGCUGAUCUGGUUUCACUUUCAACUACAUCAUCGAAAGUUUUGCUUUGUUGUCACUUGAACAGGUGAUAUAUGACUGUUCAUAGAUCAUCUCAAUGAUUGCAAAGCUAUGUAUACUCACCACAAAAAAAAAUCAGGCUGAAUUCGAAAUGAGGAAAUAUCAACUGAUAAUGGAUUGUUUGAACUAGAUGAAUAACAUACAUGGCUAUACAAUAACCUUGAGCGUCUCUCGAAUAACCGAAAACAGAAAGAGGCGCAAAAACGACAAAUGUUUAUUGUCAAGUCGAACAUUUGGUCUCGUUAAGCUCUACAUUUUUCUGGAAAGUCCUUUAGUUAAUCUGAAACACAUAUAAUCAUAUGGUUUUUCACGUACGUUCGGUACGCCACGAUUGGCCGUGAAGGCUUCCUAGGGAUUUUCAGGCUUCUUUGAGGAAUCCAGAGGAUAUUAUCGCACUCUAUAACUAUAACUGUCCGAAUAGUGCAUUAUGGUUUCACCUAUAGGAAGUAAAUUCUUUGAAUCAUCUUCAAAUUACGUUUAACAGGAGCAGCAUAAUUAUUAAACUUUGGAGAAUUCGCCUAGUUUGCAUUCUUUUUUUCUUAGUAUCAAAGUUUGAUAUCGGUGUUUCGGAAAUAUUAGUUUCCAUUUUGAAGCAUCAAGAUUUAUUUGUGUAAAUCUAAAUCAUCUCACUAGGCAGAUUAUCUCUAAAAACUAACCUUUAUAUUAAAAAAUCGCUUGUUAAGUAUGAAUGCCAGAAGUCAGCAUCAUACGCAUUUUCGACUACUUUGAUAAUAAGUAGCUAAACGUCAGACAGCAACUGUGAACGCUACAUGUAUGUACUGAAAUAUUAUUAUUUGCGCUAAAAUGUAACCCUUAUGUUUCUUAUACGUUAUUUUCUUCUGUAUGCUAUUUUGCCGAAUAUCCUACCAUAAAACGUCGAAGACUCUACCGUAUCCACAGCUGAGUUAACUACAGUUUACUUUAUUUACCCUGUGCUUCCGUUGUAGCCCGUUGAUUGCACUAUACUCAUAUUAUGCUACCUGACUCAGCCUAUCUUCAUUUAGAAUCCAUCGAAACUAAAUGGUCUCUUGCCAGUUUGGUAUUCAACAAUGAAUGCAACGCAAUUAAACUUAUUUAUUAGUUUCAGUACUACACGUUCCUCUUAGCGCUCACAAAAACUGAUGGAUUUCCGCAUAACAUAGGUUUAUUAAACGGAUAAGGUCUUUAAAGGCGUGAAAUAAGUCUGAAAUGUAGGAGAAUUAUCACUAAAGUUCCAUGUUAAUUAAGUUUAUCUGUUGUGGAACUACAUAUACUACAGUUCGCAAAUUCUACUUUGAAAUUACCGCUGCAUUUAUUGAUACGAAAUAUUCAAAAUGAUAUCACAUCUUCCGAUUAUAAAAUCUGUAGCUGUUGUAGUGUAUAACGCACAAUUUAUCUUUCUGUCUUUCACUCUGUAGGUCCAUCGUCUACUCCUGUCAAUGUGAAGGCAGUUGUGAGUCCAGAGAAGGCUUCAAUCAAAGAUCAGACGAUCGAGCUGACUUGGGAACAACCGAGUGAUCAAGUCUCGGCUGCUGGACCAGUCACCAACUUCUACAUUGAACUGAAACCGACAGAUUCAACACGCUGGCAAGAUGUGUCGGCCGACUUCACCAUCACUGAGCCACACUUCUCACUUCCUACUGAUAAGCUGCAAGAGUUUGUGAGUUAUGAAUUUCGUGUGACAGCGGAGAAUAAGGCUGGUAAAAGCAAGCCAUCAUUACCAUCAAAUGCAAUUCAGCUGGGUAAUUAUUCGCUGCGUUUAUUCAAAUGAUAAGGAAUGCAUCAUAUUAGUUACACCACGCACUUUAAUUAUGCCAUGUUAGAGUAAACAUGGAACCUCGCCUGGUUAACUAGUUCACUAGUUACUAGCCAGUCCUAAGCCCACAUAAAGAGGGAAGGUUGGGCAUACGGCUAGCAACCCUACCCCGUAAAACAAAUCUAACCGCUAAACAAACUUCAAAGCAC